AUGUCGCAAGACAACGACAUUUCGGACAAUGAGUCAAUCGAUUCCCAGGCCGAAUGGGAGUACGAUGAGGGCAUUCCACAGGUCCAAGACCCUUUCAUCCAGCGGUACAUGGCUGGGCGGUCCGCGCUGAUCGAGCAGGAGAAGAAGCAGCGGCACGAUGUCAUGUUCAAGAAGACCAUGUCGCCGCUCGCGAAGCAGGCGGCCAAGAUCAUGGGUGCCAUCCGCCGUCGGGAACUGCGCGACGUGUGGACGUCCGAGUUCGAGGAGAGCCUGAUGGACGCCAACGGCGGCAACCUGUACCCGGGCAUGAUGUUCACGCUGGCGAGGGACCGCAUUGAGAAGACGGACCUGUGGAAGAUCGUCGAGAGGAUGCCCAAGGGAGCGCUGCUGCACGCCCACCUCGAGGCCAUGAUCGACAUCGACUGGCUUAUCGACCAGGUGUUGGCCGAGAAGGGGAUGUGCAUUCUCACGGCGCAGGAGGGCGGCCUGAGCGAUGCCAAAAAGCGCGAGUCGGCCUUCUUGGACUUCAGGUACUACGACGACGCCGAGGUGCAGAAGCUCAAAGGCGCCGGGGGUGGUGCUGCGGGUAUCUGGACGACCGGCUACAAACCGCACACGCCGGUGCCGAUCCGCGAGGCGCAGCGCACGUUCCCGGACGACGACACCACGUUCAAGAAGUGGUUGGCGAGUCGCUGCAUGAUCACGGCCGAGGAGAGUCUGUGUCAUCACCAUGGGCUGAACGCCAUCUGGAGAAAGUUCCAAAGCACGUUCCUGGUCAUCGGAGGAAUGCUGUUCUACGAACCCAUUUUCCGGAGAGCCAUCCAGAGAUUGCUCGGGCAACUCGCGGCUGACGGGAUUACGUACGUCGAACUGCGCACCGCUUUCAAGUUUGAGUACAGAAAGACCGGGCAAACGAAGGCCACGCCGGGACGAUUCGACACCUUCUUCAAGGAGCUGGGAGAGGAGCUGGACAAGUUCAAGGCCAAGCCGGAAGGGAAGAAAUUCAACGGGGCCAGGAUCAUCUGGACCAGCGUGCGGAGAAUGGACAAUCGCGCCAUCGCCGACGCGAUGAAGGAGUGCAUUGCGAUGAAGACGAAGUACCCGCACCUGCUCUGCGGGUACGACUUUGUGGCGCAGGAGGACAUGGGACGGACCUUGCAGGACCUCGUCCCCAUGAUCUUCUGGUUCAGAAAGCAGUGUGCCGAAGCCGGCGUCGACCUGCCGUUCUUCUUCCACGCGGGCGAAUGCCUGGGCGACGGCGACGAGACGGACAACAACCUCUUCGACGCCGUGUUGCUGGGCACGAGGAGAAUCGGCCACGGGUACUCGCUGUACAAGCACCCGCUGCUGAUCGAUAUGGUCAAGGAGAAGAAGAUUCUGGUCGAGAGUUGCCCGAUUUCCAACGAGAUCCUGCGCUUGUCGAGCUCGAUCCUGUCGCACUCGCUGCCCGCCCUGCUGUCGAGAGGCGUGCCGGUGUCGCUGAACAACGACGAUCCGGCCAUUCUCGGGCACGGGAAGAACGGGCUGAGCCAUGACUUCUGGCAGUCGUACAUGGCUUUUGAGAACCUGGGUCUCGAGGGUCUCGGCACAAUGGCGGAGAAUUCUCUCAAGUGGUGUGCCAUUGAGGACCAAAAGACCGCAGACUGGACGAAGAGUAUCACAGACGGCUACAUGGGCAAGGGCACCAAGGCCAGGUUGUUGCGGGAGUGGAGGAGCGAGUUUGAGAAGUGGUGUCAGUAUAUCGUUAUGGAGUUCCCCUUGGAAGCGGACGACGAUGAGGACGUGGAUGAUGGCGAAGACGAUUCUGAUGAGGAUGACGAGGAUGAGGACGAAGAUGACGAUUAA